GAUGGCGGCGCCCACGAAUAACAGAUAUAUAAUGAGAUUUCUACUUUUAUUUAUGGUACUAUGGUAUACAGUCCAAACAGUGGACAAAAAUAAUUUUAAGACAUGUCAGCAAAGUAGUUUUUGUAGGCGAAACAGAAAGUUACAGACAGGUGACACCAUGUAUAUUGCACAACUAAAUACCUUGCAAAUAGACAGCUCAUCUAUUAGUCUUAAACUAUUGAACACUAUAGACAACAAAGAAUUACUUUUAGAACUAAUAUCAAUAGAAAACAAUAUAGCAAGGUUGAAAAUAAAUGAAGCUGAUCCAAUAAAUCCAAGAUAUGAAGUACCUGAUGUGUUGGUGGAUGAACCACACUUGACAAAAUUGAAGAUAGAGAAACAGGAUUAUAACUCCAUCGAAAUAUCUCUGGGUGAUAGUGGUAAAUCUACAUUGGUAUUGACAGCUAAUCCAUUUAGAGUAGAUUUCAUGGAGAAUCAGGAAUUAGUGUUAAGUGUCAAUUCCAGAGGAUUAUUAUCGUUUGAGCAUCUUCAGGAAAAAACACCGAAAUUGUUGACACGAGCUGGUAACAUGUUGCAAUCUGCUGUCUCUUCCAUAGUUCAAACAUUUUUACCUGCCAGGGACGAAACUCAGGUAGAAGAAAAAAAUGAGGAGGAUGAAGAACAUGAUGAAGAGGAAAAUGUUGAUAAUGAUGAUAAUGAGGAAGAACUAUUGAAGAAAAAAGAGGAAGAAGAUAAACAAUUAAAAAAUAAACCGCCAAUACCUCGAGAAGAAUCUGAUUUAUGGGAGGAGAAAUUCAAAACUCAUCACGAUUCCAAACCAAAUGGUCCGGAGUCUAUCAGCCUGGACUUCUCCUUUGUUGGAUUUGAUCAUGUUUACGGAAUUCCAGAACAUGCUGACACUUUCGCACUCAAGACAACUACAGAUACUGAUCCCUAUCGUUUAUAUAAUUUAGAUGUAUUUGAAUAUGAGCUGCACAACCCAAUGGCUUUAUAUGGAUCUAUACCAUAUAUGAUAGCACAUAAUACCAAAAGAUCACUUGGUUUGUUUUGGUUAAACUCUGCUGAGACAUGGAUUGAUAUCAGCUCCAACACUGCUGGAAAGACUGUCAUUGGUAAACUGAUGGAUUAUGUGAAGGGUGAGGGCGAUGUUCCACAGACCGACACACAUUGGAUGUCAGAGAGCGGCAUUAUUGAUGUCUUUGUUCUUCUUGGUCCUACUAAUGAUGAUUUAUUUAAACAAUAUGCAAGUCUGACUGGAACAACACAGCUACCACCGAUGUUUUCCAUAGCAUAUCACCAAUGCAGAUGGAACUAUAAUGAUGAAGAGGAUGUCAAAUCGUGUCCUGAGACAUUGUGUAAUGUACUGUGUAAUUCCCACAUCACAUUGUGCGACAGACCUCUAUGGAUUGAUUUUCCUGAUGAUGUUGACACUUUUUCUAUUGAAGAUGAAUAUUUAAUUGGGAGUAGUUUGUUGGUUCAUCCAGUUACUGAUGCAGCCACAUAUUCAGUAAAUGUUUAUUUCCCAGGACAGGGACAGGUAUGGUAUGAUGUUGACAACCAUAAAGUUUAUACUGGCAAAGGUUUAAUCAGUAUAAGUGCACCUCUCAAUAAGAUUCCAGUAUUUCAGCGUGGUGGUAGUAUUAUUCCUCGUAAAGAGAGAGUUCGUCGCAGUUCAACAUUGAUGCAAGAUGAUCCAUACACUCUAGUUGUUGCUGUAAACAAAGAUGGCUCAGUAUCUCAAUGUCAUAUUCCCCUCAGAAAGAUCGGUGCAUUGAGCUAUGAAAAAAAAGGAAUGGAGGUUGAAAAUCUAAUUAUUGAACAUUCAGUUCAUGCCUGUCUUACAAUACCCAAGAUCUCGCAGUGA